CACAGAUUCCCAAAAAUUCGCGGACGGCUCUAGAUACCCUCAACCCCCGACAUCAACACCUCACAGCCGGCAGGAUGAAGUACAUUCACUCCCAGGAGCUCCUUGAGAUCCCCGAGGGGGUCAAGGUUGCCAUUAAGUCGCGAAUUGUCACCGUCGAGGGUCCCCGCGGCAAGCUGGUCAAGGAUCUCAGCCACUUGGCCGUCAACUUCACCAGCACCAAGAAGAACCAGAUCUCCAUCGAGAUCCACCACGGUGUCCGCAAGAACGUCGCUACCCUCCGAACUGUCCGAACCCUCAUCAACAACCUGAUCAUUGGUGUCACCAAGGGCUUCAAGUACAAGAUGCGAUACGUCUACGCCCAUUUCCCCAUCAACGUCAACGUCUCCCAGAACUCCGAGACCGACUUGUACGAGGUUGAGAUCCGAAACUUCAUCGGUGAGAAGCUCGUCCGCCGAAUCGUCAUGCACCCCGGUGUCGAUGUUGAGGCUUCCACCACCCAGAAGGAUGAGCUCGUCCUCUCUGGUAACUCUCUCGAGAACGUUUCGCAAAGUGCUGCCGAUAUCCAGCAGAUCUGCCGGGUGCGAAACAAGGAUAUCCGAAAGUUCUUGGACGGUCUGUACGUCUCCGAGAAGGGCAACGUUGUCCAGGACGAAUAAACGCGAACACGGACACGGAUCUUGUUUCUUUUGCGUUUCUGGGUCUCAGGAGUGGCGAAGGUUCAUCUUGCAUGUCAUGUAGCAAAAAGAAAGGGCUACUAAACAAAUUUCAAAAAGCAAAGAGAUGAUGACUCUGGUGCCGACCAAACACUUGAAUCUCGUCAGCGAAUCGUGUAUGUGACCAUUUAAGGAGCGAAAAGGGCCGGCUUUAGACGAGGGUUCGGGGGGUUUUUGCGAUAAGACAAAAAAUGGCGUUUUCACUCAUCCCAAAGCGCAUGACUUGCUUGCCUCAGAACACCUCCGGUCCAUUGUGAACUCAGUCUGACAAAUGAAUCCGAUCAAUGAUAAGACGACUUGACGC